AUGGGAAUUAAAGACUAUCUCCCCGAUUUCAAAGGAGCCUUAACCGGUUUUUAUGAAGAAAGUUUAAAAGCAACUAUUGAAACUAAAACUCAGGAAUUUAAAGACCUCUUGCAAAAAAAUAUUGCUUAUGGGCAAAAAACGCAACGAGCUCUGGUGGCGAUUGCCUUAGUUCUCAUUUUACAUGGCAAAGAGUCUUACUCUCCCCGUGAUGUUUUCCGCAAAGCUUAUCUGACGGGUUUAAUUAAUAAUUUUGACACUUGGAUACUCAGCAAAUACCCCUACCAAUUUUAUGCUUAUGGUUCCAGAGCCAAAGGAACUGCUCGCAGAAUUUCUGACCUCGAUAUCUGCUAUUAUGAUAAUAUUCCUAGUAGUGUUAUUUGUGAAAUGCGAGAAGAGUUUACGGAAUCUAAUUUACCAUUUGAAGUAGAACUGGUGGCUUGA